AUGUUUGCGCCAGCGCCCGUCCGACUCGAGCCGUCAUCUUACUCCCACGCCGCCGCCGCCGCCGCCGCCGCCGACAACACCUCUGGGAUCAGCAGCGGCAGUCAGCGCUCCGACAACCAGCUCGCCUCGGUCAACCUCUCCUUUCCGCCCAUCGCCAGCCUGUCCGAGACCAUGAACCACGCCUACGGUGGGCGAGGCGGCGGAAUGUCUUCGUCGGAAGGUUCCGCCGGCUGGAGCCGAUCCCAGGACGACCGCGGGGCCUCGCUGUUUGCCACGCCUCGCGCCGUCGCGGCUGCCGACCCCGGUCGCCUUCUGCCGCCCGCCAGCAGCCUGGUUUCGGGUGCCGGUAGCAACGGCGGCAGCACCGCCGUUGGCCCCUCUGCAGCGGGCGUCGGCCAGUACCCGCCCUCUUCUUCGGGUGCCUCGGAAUCGCUGCCACCCCUGCUCUACAACAACGGCUACGCCGCGGCGACGUCAGACUCGAACCUCGGCGGCGGUGGCGGCGGCGGCGUGGGCCGCUCGUUCUCGGUCGAGUCGCUGACUUCGCCGGCGUCGGACCAGCAGCCGUUCCUCUCCUCGGCUUCGACGUCCAAUCCCAACGACGAGGCCUACCCGGUCGGCUACCAACAGCACAGCGCUCAGCAUGCCCAUCACCACCACCAUGGUCGAUCCUUCACCACCCCGAGCUAUUCGAUGCAUCCUGGCCGUGCCGCCGAGGCAGCCGGAGGCUCGACGCACCUGUCUACCAAUCCCCUCUACUUGCAACCCUACCAGCAGCAGCAGCAGCCCCAGCAGCAGCAACCCCACCAUGCUCCUCCCCAGCAGACGCUGCCGCAUCAGCAGUACCGCGGUCAUCAUCACCAGCAGCUGAGCUACCGUCCCUACGAUGCGCCCAGCUCGUAUCCCCCCAUGGCCGGAUACGGCGGAGGCAGCGUCGUGCACUCCAACGGCAUGCACCCCUACGGCGCCCAUGCCGCCUCGCUCGAGUACCGCUCGCACUACUUCAACCCCUUCGAAGUCAAGCACCGCCGACGCACCACCAAGAGCCAGUUCCAUGUCCUCGAGGGCACGUUCAAAGAGAUCCCCAAGCCCAAUGCCGCGCUCCGCAAGGCGCUCAGCGUGCAGCUCGACAUGCCGCCGCGCGCCGUCCAGAUCUGGUUCCAGAACCGCCGGGCCAAGGCCAAGGCCCUGGCCAAGAAGGAAGCCGCCAGCAAGGAGGCCGCCAACGGCGGCGGCGGCGGCGCAAGCGGCGAGGGAGGCGACCACGGCGAGGCGAGCAACAGCGCCAGCGCCAGCGGCUCUUCAGCGCAGGCGGGCGCCGCGUCGUCAUCGUCGACGUCGCAUGCCGGCAACGACCCGCGCUCCCGCCUGGCGCACUCGCACUCUGACCUCGGCCUCAGCGGCCAUGGCAGCUCGUCGUCGACGGUGUCGGGCUACCACCACAUGGCGCAUGGCAGCGUGUCGUCGAACGCCUCGGACGACGGCCAGGGCCCGUCGCAGGCGCCCUACGGGGCGGGGUCGUCGUCGGACGCCGGCUUCCUGCGCAUGCCCGGGCAGCACACGGCGCGGCCUUCGACCAUGUCGUCGACGACGUCGUCGUCGAUGGCCACGCCCUCGUACUCGGACCGCGGCCGCAGCAACGACGUGCGCGCCAACGAAUUGACGUUUGGCGUCCAGCUCAACCGCUAUCACCACGACGACUCGGGCUUCCCGCAGCCGGCCUCGCACCUCCAGGAGCGGGGCGGCGGCGUCCGCGCCGCACCGUCGGCAUCGACGGCUGACGAGAGGUACAGCCGCCUCGCCUACUCGCCUCAGCAGCACCAGCAGCAGCACCAGCAGCAGCCGCAACACCCCCACCACCACCACCAUCAGCAGCAGCUCCAGCAGCACCAGCAGCACCACCAAGGCGAAAGCGGCAGCUUCUACCCCUCUGGCCUGACCUCUGACCUGUCGGACGCCGCGACGGCGUCGGGCGGGAUGCACGAGCUGCCCGGCUCGGCCAUGACGGCCGCCUCGUCCCUGUUCCCCGACGACUACGCCCAGGACCGGCGCGCCUCGUGUCCCGAGAACGUGGCGAGCAUCUCGGCGGCCAUUGCCAACCCAUCGCCCGACUUUCACCCAACGGAACGAGGGGAACAGCAGCAGCAGCAGCAGCAGCAGCCUUGGUGA